GUUUUGCUGUAGUAAGAUGUUGAGCAACUCCUUAACAUGCCAUGCCUGGCCUAAGAGACGGUAUGUUCUUCGAGGGAGGGGCACCUGCAGGUGAAGAGUAUAUAGAUGCCAGUGCCAAUCAGGUGCUGCACACAGACUCUCUGACACGGCAGGUGUGACAGUAACUACACUGAGAGAACACAGCCGUGCAGGGAUGUCAUCUUGCCAAGACAGCGACUCGCUCCCCGCACGCUCCAAGGUGGGGUUGGCAGGGUUUUCCAACCCAGGGUUGGAGCUUGGAGAGGGGGAAUGUGAAAGAGCCAGGAUGGAAGACAAGAUGGAAGGAUUUCACCUGGACAGUACCACAGGAGCGAGUGCUGGGCAGGCAGAGUCCCAGAAGAGAAGGGGGCUGGCUGUCCGGUUCAGAGGGGUGGAGGUGGAGAUUCAGGGCCGGCAGAUUCUGAGAGACGUCGCUGGCACUGUCCUGCCGGGAGAGCUGCUGGCAUUGAUGGGGCCCAGCGGCUCUGGUAAAACCACCCUGCUCAGCGUCCUCACUGGGAGAAUACAAGCAAAAUCAGGGCAGGUCACCUUAGGUGGCCGACCACUGACCAAAAACCUCAGAAGAAUGUUGUGCUACGUGAUGCAGCAGGAUAUAUUUUUCCCCAAUCUGACUGUGAAAGAUACAUUAAUGUGCCAGGCUCAUCUAAGAUUGCCAGAUUCUGUUACUUUUGCAGAGAAAGAAAAAAUAAUUUCUGUAUUGGUGGAAGAGCUUGGCAUCAAGAAAUGUCUUAAUACCAUUGUUGGGAACGACUUUGUGAGAGGUGUGUCAGGCGGGGAGAGGAAGAGAGUCAAUAUCGCUUGUGAAUUACUGACCGACCCUUCUGUCAUGCUUCUAGACGAGCCGACCUCUGGCUUGGACUCCAGUACAUCACAUAGUCUCAUCGCCACUCUGAAACACUACGCAGUCAAGCACCAGAAAACCAUCAUCAGCUCCAUUCACCAGCCCUCCUCCCUGAUAUUCCACAUGUUUGAUAAGCUGCUCCUUAUGUCUGACGGAGAGGUGGCGUAUUACGGACAGGCUUCAAGGAUUGUGGAUUUCUUCGCUGACCUUGGAAUGCCGUGCACAGCACACGAGAAUCCUGCUGAUUACAUGUUGGACAAAGUAAAAGAGUCUCCUGAGGUCAGGCAGGAUAUUGUGGACUAUUCUAAUGAAUUCCGUAUCAGCUCUGUUGAAUGCCCUCUGCUUUCAAAGGACGAAACCAACACACAUCUGCAGUCGAUGGCAGGAGAGCUGUCUGAGGUUAAGAUUGCAGGCACAGAUGGGGAGGGAGCUGGGGCAGAGCUGGAGGAAGUUGAAAGCCCACAGUGGGCCUCCUCUUUCUGGAUGCAGCUCCGCACGCUGACCGCUCGCAAUUUCAAACAGCAGCGGCCGCAGAUCCUGUCCCUCAUCAACGUGAUAAAGACCUUGGUCACGUCCAUCAUCCCCGGGCUCAUCUGGUUUCAAGUGCCCAGAGAGGAGGACCAAGUCAAGGCUCGUGCUGGAAUGCUGUUUCAUCUUGUCCUCUAUUGGUUCAUCACACCCAUUUUCAGAACAUUACCGUCUUACCCAGCGGAGCGUCCGAUAAUCAACAAGGAGCGCCUGGCCGGCUCAUACCGCCUGUCAGCUUAUUUCCUGGCCAAGGUGUUGAGUGAGCUGCCCCUGGCGAUCCCCCAGCUCCUGGUCCACAUCACCAUUUCCUUCUGGCUGACUGGACUCAACGGAGCUGGAGCCUACUUCGCUGACAUGGGCAUCAUCGCAUUGAGCACCUUCACCGCAGAGGCUUUAGGGUUGUUGAUCAGUGUUGUAUUCCUGCGCAUGGACCAGACCAUGGCUUUUUCCACCUCGCUGAUAGUCCUUACGGUUCUACUGGGUGGAUUUUACAUCCAGAAGCUCCCUUUUUGGCUGGUUUGGCUGCGGUACCUGGCUAUCAUCCUGUUCACUUUCCACGCCACUCUCCAGCUCGAAUUCACAGACGACACCUCUUUCAGGUGUGCGAUCCAGUCCUUCUCCCCACACUGUGCAGCAGCACAUCUGAAUAAUCCCAACGAGACGGCCUACAUCCCAGCCCAGGAGAUCCUGGACCAGUUCAUCAUUCCUCUCCCCGUCUGGGGCAACAUCCUGGUCCUUGUGCUGUACAUGCUGGCUUUCCGAGUGGCCACCUAUCUGGUGCUGAGAUUCGUACGGACACCAGGCAAGUAAACUGGGGGACGACACCUGGAACACACACACACACACACACACACACACACACACACACACACAGGGAUGAGCAGUAAACACAAACUAGGAGACCAUUCACAUUGAACAUGGGACGCUGGAGAACAGCUGGAGCAGACUGUAAACUGCCUCGCUGGAAACCACGUCGCCUGCAGAAACAUAUGAAGAAAAGGAGCUGUAUGCCGUCAUCAGAAGAAUGAUUUGCGAAGUUAAAUGUACAUCCUGGCAACAGCGGACUAUUGAACUGAAGGGGGGGGGGAGGGGGUGAGGGUGCCCUACUUAGCACUUUAUAAAUAUGCCAUUUACAGUAUGUGAACAAAUUAUCUAUCUAUCUAUCUAUCUAUCAAUCUAUCUGUAUAUCUAUAUAUAUCUAUAUAUAUAUAUAUAUAUAUGUGUGUGUGUUUAUAUUAGAGGUAAUGAGGUUAAAAAAAACCAACAACUCUUUAGUCUGAAGUAAAGGUCUUUAACUUGCACCUGCUUCAAGUGACCAUAAUCAUGUAUUUAUAUCAACAUUAAACUUUACCCAGUUGUGGAUUGUUUGUAACUUUUAACAGACUUCAUUUUAUUGAUAUGCAUGAUUAUACAG